AUGGAUGCCAACGACGACGGUCAUGUAGACCCUACCCACCGUGAAAGUUUUGUAGACCCUAUCCACGUAGGGACGGACCAACAACAGUACAAUGGCGGCGCCGAGAAGCCCCAGCUGCCCCGGUUAUCCAUGCAACAACAGUUCAAUGGCGGCGCCGAGAAGCCCCGGCCGCGCCCGUUAUCCAUCGAGACCCUUCCUGAGCUGGACCAGAUCCCCACGCUCAUGUCGCCUCGUGCCAACACCAUGAACCCCUUCCGGCGUGUACACAAACCUCUAGAGUACGAUGACUACUUUACUGGCCCCCGAGACACCCAAAAGCACUCAAAAUGGCCUCUCUUCUUGCAGAUGCACGGCAGUAUCCUGCCCAAGAUGAUCCUACCACUCUUCGGAGUCGGUGCCUGGACCACUAUGCUCACUUUUAUUAACUUUAAAGUGACAAACUUGGGUAUUCACAACAUCCUUCUGACGGUCCUUGGUUUUGUGGUUGGUAUGGGCCUGUCUUUCCGCAGCUCAACUGCAUACGAGCGCUAUUCAGAGGGUCGCCGUUACUGGGCCAACUUGCUCCUGGCGUGUCAGACACUUGGUCGUGUCUAUUGGGUGCAUGCCAAAGAGCGGGAAGGCGAGCUAGGGAAGAAGGACGUUUUGGCCAAGCUAACCGUCCUUAACCUCCUGGUCGCCUUCUCCGUCUCUCUCAAGCACCGCCUCCGCUUCGAGCCUUACACCUGCUACGAUGACAUCUCCCACCUCGUCGCCCACCUCGACACCUUCGCCCAGCGCGCCACCGAGGAGGAGCCGGAUAAGACCCUCAAAGCCCUCCAAGGUCCUGGCUUCUUCAAGUCAGUUGGCGAGUACAUCGGCGUUAGCUUCGCCGCCUCCAACCCGCGCAAGUUGAUUAAGAAGUCAUCUCGCCCGCUUGGCAACCUCCCCCUCGAAAUCCUUUCUUACCUAGCCACCUACACGGACGAGCUGAUCGCCAACGGCCAGCUGCCCGUGCCCAUGCAGCAAACGCUUGCUUACAACAACAUGGCGAUUCUGAACGACGUCCUGGUGGGCACCGACCGCGUGCUGUCCACCCCGCUACCCAUCGCCUACGCCAUCGCCAUUGCGCAAAUCACCUGGGUCUACAUCCUCUUGCUUCCCUUCCAGCUGCUGCCCACGUUGAACUGGAUCACGAUUCCGGCAACCAUCGCAGCGGCCUACAUCAUUCUGGGACUGCUCAUGAUCGGCAGGGAGAUUGAGAACCCGUUCGGUCGGGACGUCAACGACUUGCCGCUGGAAUCGUACUGCGCGCAGAUUGCCGAAGAUAUGGAUAUCAUUGCCUGCCGCAAGAAGAGGACGACGAAUGCCGACUGGAUUGAGAAUAUCGAGAAUAAGCCGCUUUGGCCACUGUCGAAUUCGGGCUGGCAGGUCUGGAUGAAUCGCGGAGAGGAUAUUAUUCGCGAGGCGGUCAGCCAGAAGCUGGAGAGCAAUUUUGAGACGAGGAAGGAGUUGGAUAAGUUGCAGAGUGAGAUGAGCCUGAUGGAUAAGGUGAGGAGGAUGAGUAAGGCUACGGGGUGUAAUGUAUGA